AUGCCCUGCUCGAUUCCAUCAAAGACGUUGAAAGAUCAUGCAUCCAUCUGGGAGGAUGCCCCCUUUCUCAAAGGAUCAACUAGGUUUGAGCCUCAACCCGACAUCAACAAUAUCAUGAUUACGGGUGGUGCUGGAUUCAUCGCAUCGUGGGUUGUACGACACCUUACCAAAACUUAUCAUGGCCACUACAACAUCAUAUCGUUCGACAAACUGGACUACUGCGCGACACUCAACAACACGGCGCAGUUGGACAAGGAAUCAAACUUCACCUUCUACAAAGGCGAUAUCACCAAACAUGAGGACGUGAUGGACUGCUUGCGAAAGCACGAUAUCGACACAGUCAUGCAUUUUGCCGCCCAAACACAUGUUGACCUUUCUUUCGGCAACUCCAACGAUUUUACCAGUACAAACGUCGUCGGGACACACGUCCUCCUCGAGUGUGUCAAGCUGCACGGAGUCGAGAAGUUCAUACACGUGUCGACCGACGAAGUGUAUGGAGAAGUCAAGGACGAUGGUAAAGACCUUUUGGAAGAUGCGCUCCUUCUACCAACAAAUCCCUAUGCGGCAUCCAAAGCAGCUGCAGAGAUGUACGUGGAAGCAUAUCGCAAGAGUUUCCAGGUCCCCGCCAUUGUCGUGCGCAGUAACAAUAUUUUUGGUGAAAAUCAGUUUCCCGAGAAGGUCAUUCCCAAGUUCUCUAUGCUCCUACAACGUAAUGAGCAGUUGUCUUUGCAUGGCGAUGGAACACACACGAGAAGGUACCUCUACGCCGGCGAUGCAGCUGACGCCUUCGAUACAAUCCUCCACAAAGGUCAAGUCGGCCACAUCUACAACGUUGGCUCUUCGGAUGAAAUCUCCAACUUCACACUCUGCUCUAUGCUGUUGGGCGAAUUUGGAUUCUCCAACGAGACCAAAGAGGAGGUUUACCAGCAUGUCGUCCAUUGCGAAGACCGUCCUUUCAACGACCAUCGUUAUGCUGUUGACGGCUCGAAGCUCAAGAAACUGGGAUGGCAGCAAAAGACACCGUUCAGAGAAGGUCUUCGCACCACAGUCGACUGGUACAGGAAAUAUGGCGAAACAUGGUGGGGCGACAUUUCCGAUCGACUCACUCCCUUCCCUACAAUACCUUCCGAUGAGCAGACUGAUCAGGCCAGAGACACAGAGUUGGCAAACUCUCCUGUUGGGUCAAAGAAGAAUGACAAGCGAGGGUAUGAUGAAGUCGAUGGCUCGCCAGAUGUCAAGAGGCUCAAAGAAAACGGGCACACGGAUUCUGUUCUUGGUGCGGUCAAGGUGUGA